CAUUACGUCUCGACUCAAUUCGACGGCGUUUCGCGUCAUUUUUCAGUCCAUAAACUGAAUUUACAUCAUGUCCGACUCAACGGUAGCCUCUGAACAACUCAAGGAGUCUAAUCCCAGCAAAGAUAAGAAGAAGAAGAAGUCGCUUAAAACGCCCGAGGGAAAGUCCAAAAGCUCGAGUAGAAAAUCGUCGACCGUUUCACCAGCGGAGAAUGGAGAUGCGGCAAUCGAAAUCCAGGAAGAAGAACAUGUCAUUCAAGGAGAACUCACAGCCGAUGAUUCGUCGCAGAACAAUGAGACGGCCGAGGAAAAACCGGAUGUCGAAACAUCGUCCAAAGUACAGAAAAAGAAUGUCACCAUGCUGCGGGAGACGGACUUCCGGAAGUUGGCUGAACUGAAGGAGGCUUUUCACCUCUUCGACAUCAACAGAGACGGAUAUAUCGACAAAGAGGACUUGAAGUUCACCUUUACCUCGAUGGGAAAACCGGAUGUUGCCGAUGAAGCACUCGACCAAAUGCUCGCCGAAAUGUCGUCUAGUGAUGUCGACUUUGACGCGUUUGUUAAGCUGUUUGGGUACAAAGUUGUCGAACUGGACCCUGAAGAAGAGCUGCUAGCGGCAUUAUCGAACUGGGAUUAUCUCGGGAACGGAAUGAUAUCGGAAGAAAGAUUGAAGCGCGAUCUUCAGGCCUGGGGUGAUAAAUUCUCGGCAAAAGAAGCAGAACGUGCCCUGGAGGAGGCGCCGCUCUACAAAAAGGACGGAGACACGUUCAUAGACUACGUGAAAUUCUGCCAAGAUAUUUGCGGUCUUCGCAACGUGGAAAAGACCAGGGACAUCGAAAAGGAAGCGGAAGCUUAUGAAAGAGAUUUAGAAUCACUCGUGAAAUAG